CUUCCUUGUUGGAGUUUUGAUCCUCUAGAAUCCUAUUAUUCAUAACUUUUACGUAGAAAGAAAAACAAGAGGGGAAGUUGAACUGCUCAAUCACCUCUUCCCCUCGUAUAAAUCACCGGCCUAUUUAGUCUUUCAAGUCCUAGGGAAGAGAAACAGUUUCAGAACACAGUGCUCUUUCUAAAAUGGUGACGAGAACUGUCGAUCUUCGUUCAGACACUGUCACCAAACCAACCGAGGCAAUGAGGGCUGCAAUGGCGAGCGCCGAGGUUGAUGAUGAUGUAUUGAAAUAUGACCCAACUGCCCUUCGAUUGGAAACAGAAAUGGCAAAGAUUAUGGGGAAGGAGGCGGCUCUUUUUGUGCCUUCCGGGACUAUGGGCAACCUCAUUAGCGUUCUUGUCCAUUGUGAGAUUAGGGGGUCUGAGGUUAUUCUUGGGGAUAAUUCUCAUAUUCAUAUUUAUGAAAAUGGAGGUAUUGCAACUAUUGGAGGGGUUCAUCCUAGGACUGUUAGGAAUAAUGGAGAUGGAACCAUGGACUUGGAUUUGAUUGAAGCUGCCAUUAGAGACCCAAGAGGAGAGAUUGUGUUUCCAACUACCAGGCUUAUCUGCUUGGAAAACUCGCAUGCCAACUGUGGAGGUAGAUGCCUCUCCGUGGAAUAUACAGACAGGGUUGGAGACUUAGCUAAGAAGCAUGGUUUAAAGCUUCACAUUGAUGGUGCUCGUAUUUUCAAUGCCUCAGUUGCACUUGGUGUUCCUGUUGACAGGCUCGUGCAAGCAGCUGAUUCUGUAUCUGUUUGUCUAUCUAAGGGUUUGGGAGCUCCUGUUGGCUCUGUCAUCGUUGGUUCAAGGGCCUUCAUUAACAAGGCGAGACGGCUGAGGAAAACAUUGGGAGGUGGGAUGAGGCAGGUUGGUAUUCUUUGUGCUGCAGCAUUGGUUGCGAUACAAGAGAAUAUUGUGAAACUUGAGGGAGAUCAUGAGAAUGCUAAGUUUUUGGCUGAUGGAUUAAAUAAAAUCAAAGGAUUGCAAGUUGAAAGCCAUUUGAUUGAAACAAACAUAAUAUUUGUGGACAUAAAAGACUCAACAAUAACAGGGGAAAAACUAAGCAAAAUCUUGGAAGAACAUGGCAUCCUUGUAUUGCCAGAAAGUUCAUCAAGGAUUAGAAUUGUUCUUCACCACCAAAUUUCAGCAACUGACACACAAUACACCUUAUCUUGUUUCCAGCAAGCAAUGGCAGGAGCAAUAACAAAUGAAAAUGGCGUGUAAAUGGAUGACGUACGUGUUAUCGUCGAGCCUUUUCUUAUUCUCUGUCGACGUAAUUUCUCUAUGCUCUGUAAAUAGUUUGUAUAUAAAAAAGUAAUACAUACCAAUCUGAUCUGAAGCUUCAUGACAAUCAAUUCAUAUCUGUGAACUUGUAAGAGUAACUCAUAAGUUGCUUGUUGUUCUCCUCUAUCAAUGAUGCUUAAUAAUAAAUUUAAAAAAGAAAAAUUGUGGUUAAUUUGAUAA